CUUUCAUUAUAUAAACAUGCCUGGGCAUUUGGAUUUCUUGCAGUCAGUGAAAAACAUGGAUUUUUCCUACAAAAAUGUGAGUUUUCUUGUAGUAUUCUUGACUGCUGCUUACUUUUUUCUGCUAAGUUGUGCUGAUCCUACAGAAGGGUUCACCAAUGUGCCAUUAACACAAGAAAAUUUCGAAAUCCAAAGGCCAUAUGAUAUACCCCUUGAAGAGAGAUACAGCUUCUUAAAUGGAACUCAUCGGCUAUGGGUUUAUGCAAACGAUAAGCCACAUGACCCCAACAGUCACACACAGCCACGAACAGAAGUCAGGAUACGUGGGCUUGAUUACUAUUCUGGUGUAUGGCAAUUUGAAGGCCAUGCCUUUGUGCCAAAUGGAACUUCUGGUGCCACAAUUGUGCAAAUUCAUGGUGCAUCCCAUGGGGCGACGACGAUAAUAUUAAGAAUCUAUAAUGGAGACAUGAGAUACUACAGCGGUCAAGUGGUGGCAACUGACCUAUACGAUAAAUGGUUUCGUGUUAAUCUAAUACAUGACGUCGAUGGAGGGAAGGUGACAUUAUUUCUCGAUGGUGUAGAAAAAUUCGAGACAAAAGAUCAAGGGCCGGGGGAGUUACAUUUCAAGUGUGGAGUUUAUGCUGCACCAGCAAAUAUCAGUUACUAUAUGGAAUCAAAGUGGAGAGAUAUCAAAAUAUACAAGCAAUACUGAUAAAUUAAUCUCAUUUGAAUCUAUGAUGAAUUAGCGCGUGCGAAAAUAUAAAUAACAAAUGCUGGAAGGAUUAAUUUCACAGCUUUAUUUUGUGGUAAAAUCAAGGGUCGAAAUAAAAUCUUCUCUGUCUAAACAAAUACACAUCUGUU